AUGACCAUCGAUGUGCCUUUGCGCGCAGAAAGCUGGGGUCCGACAACGGUAUCUUUGCUACACCAGACGGUCGGGGAGAACUUUUCACGGCAGGUCAAGCGGUCUCCAGGCCGUAUUGCGAUCGUAGCCGGAACUCGCCGUGUGUCCUACCAAGAGCUGGAUGAGUUGAGCGACGCUCUGGCACAAGGUUUCCUGACAUUGGGGCUACGAAGGUCGGAUAGAGUUGCUGUCAGCUUGGGUAAUUGCAUCGAAUAUGGCGUGAUCCUGUAUGCAUGUCUCAAGAUCGGCGCCAUAGUUGUGCCUCUCAACCCAGCAUAUACGCUCGCACAGCUCACUUCGGCCUUGGACCACGUAUCCGCGAGUUUGCUUGUGCUGAGCACGGAGAUAACCUUGCCUUAUCGCAACCCUAAGGCCACAGCCCCGCUGGUCAGUCAGCUAUUAGACCACAUCUCCCCGUCGUCAAGCCUGCAGCACCUUUUACUCCUUGACAAUUCGGAUGGUCGGAGUGAUAUACCUUUCUUUGAGUCUACAGUGGACUACGAGGUACUGUUGGAACAACACCUAGGCACAAAGCUACUACAGCAACAUGGUCUCGAUGCUGGCAACGUCGCUACCAUUCAAUUCACAUCCGGAACAACCAGCAAACCAAAAGCCGUCUGUCUGACGCAUCGAAAUAUUCUGAACAAUGCCUGCUUAGUCGGUCAAGGGAUGUGUCUCACUGAAAACGAUGUGAUAUGUUGCCCACCCCCCUUGUACCACUGCUUCGGUCUGGUUUUGGGUCUACUCGCCGCCAUGACGCAUGGCGCUUCGCUGUUAUUCCCGAGUGAGAGUUUCAAUGCCGAGGCGACCUUGAAGGCUAUCGUGCAACACAGUGCAACCGCUUUGUAUGGGGUGCCGACGAUGUUCCUCGCAGAGCUUGAGCUCAUAUCGAAAGGUCUCUUUACAGCGUCGAACUUUGGCACUUUGCGCACAGGCGUUAUUGGAGGGAGUCCGAUCCCUCCGGCCCUGAGGUUGCAGCUCCAUGAGAAAAUGAACCUCUCGGGACUGACCAAUUGCUAUGGACUGACAGAGUCUUCCCCUAUUGUCGUUCAAACAGAUGUGCACGACACGCUGGACACAAAAAUGAGCUCUGUGGGCCGGGUACUCCCCCAUUCAGCGAUCCGGAUCGCAGCGCGGGAUAACCCUUGUCAAACACUAUAUCGUGGCGAGAAGGGAGAGAUACAGAUUGCAGGAUACGCAGUCAUGCAUGGCUACUGGGAGUCCGAGGAGGAAACCAGGAAGGCGGUGAUACAAGUCGGGGACACAAGCUGGCUGCGAACCGGGGACGAGGGGCUCAUGGCGUCGGACGGGACAAUCCAGAUUACCGGCCGCAUCAAGGACAUCAUCAUUCGGGGUGGGGAGAACAUCUACCCGGCCGAGAUUGAGGAUUGUCUGUUGAAGCACGAGCAAGUCUCGUGCGCGAGUGUUGUCGGGUUGCCGGAUCCUCGCUAUGGGGAGACGAUUGCCGCGUUCAUCCAGCAUCGGGAGGGAGUGACGGUGUGUAUCGGCGAUCACGACAAGGAUUUCAGCGCCGACUUACGAGCUACUGCAACCGUGUCCAGCACAACAUCCACCUUGACGGCGGGCCAAAUCCGAGACUGGGUCCGAGACACGCUGGGAAAGAGUCUUGUUCCGCGGCAUGUGUUCUGGGUGUCCAGCAUGCCUCUGACCACCAGCGGCAAGAUUGAGAAGUUCAGGUUACAGGAGAUGGGAGUGAUCCAUCUGAAUAGCCGACGUUGA